CGGGUGGGUUGUGCAGAUUGGGUGCAGGUUGUGGGAUGGGAUGGUGGGUUGGGUAUGGCAAACGUGCAACCGACGACCCUCUUCCCCCAUCGUCGUUGUCAUUACACUAGUAGACGGAAAGCCGUCCCGCGUCGCGGCGCGCGCGUUUGGGAUUCUUUGUGUACAUGCAGUUAGUUGACGUUGAGCCGCGCAUAUGAUCGGUUGCGUACCAGUCCAGAGCUCUAGGAGUUAUAGUCCACUGCCAACCCAUUCGUUGAUGCCCCGUGUUCAGUGCUAGGUGGUUGGGGUGCAAUUUGGAACGUUGUGGUGUGGGAAGGAAUCCAGGUUGAAUAGAUUGUAGUGAAGUAGAUAGUCGGAGUUUGGGGUGUUUCAUCGUCGCGCCGUAUGGAGAUGGGAUUGUAGAGUGUCGAGCAGGCUCAGUACUGGUGGAUAAUUGCGGCUCCCAAAAAACCGCAAGCUGCACACUUCCCGUUGGGUGUACAGAGCAGAGUGUUUGUGGUGCCGAUUUGGUUGCACGAAGCGACCGGUGUUGUCCAGUGCGCGGUGGUGUACGAAGAUCGAAGAAGAGUGAAGAAUCAAAUAAUAAGCGGUCCAAUAAGUUUGGUCCAAAUUCUGAAGAAUUGUGCAAGUCUCGGCUUACGUUCCGCGAAGAAGCUUAGUCCAGAAAAAAAAGAGUCAGUGAAUAAAUCAGACAAAGAGCCCACGCCGGCAGUUAGUGUGCUUCUCUGUUUCCCCCUUUUAUUGGUUCCGUUGUUGGAUUAUUAGGUUCCAGCGUAGUCGCCGUCGUCUGUCUGGAGUGGUCGUCACGUUUGGGAUCCCCAAGAGAGUGUCCCAAUGGCUCCCACAACUGAAAUAGAGGAUAGCAACUCGCGGGAUGAUUGUAGCACCGAUCAGUCAUCACAGUCAUUCGAGGACACCAGUCGCACAUCUGGGUCUUCGAGUUCGACGACAUCGGAACGUGAGUCCGAACGUGGCUUGGUCGUACAAUCCCCGCUCAGCUCCACUGCGUCCAGCGGAAUUGGUGCCAGUACCAGUUUUUCGGUGAUAAAUUAUGUUGGAAAAGCACAGAAGCAAUCGUCUCACAGAUCACCAGUGGUGCGCAGCCGAACCCCGUACGAACGGCGAACUCCAACCCAUUCCAGCCGGGUAGAAUCCAUCGAUGAAACCACGUGCUCUUCGGUAGCGUCUUCGGUGGAUUGCUACUCGAUGGCCGUCGAUUCGGUUUCCGUGGAAGAUGUAGCCGAGAUGGCGGAGCUGGACGAAUGCAGUCGAUCCAGUAGUGAUCAGCAAGCAUUGGCACAACAACAGCAGCAGCAGUUGUUACUUGCGCAGCCCCGUAUUCACCAUGGACCGCGAAGUCAUCGGUCGAUGAGCGUGUCUUCCAGUGGAUGUUCGAGCUCCAUGGAUGAUCGGAAUUGCGACUUUUCGUCGAUGGACAGCGGAAACAGUUGUCGGUGUACGUCCCUCGGCAUUUCCGACUUUGACGAUGACGGUUUCCGCGAGGACGGCAGCGUAUCUUCCAUGUACUCAGUAUUUUCAUCUCCGAGGCCAUACCAUCUGCAUCACCAGUUGCACCACAACCAGCCGAACGUUCCGCACCACCCCAACAACACCAAGGGGCUGUUCGACAUCGCACUGAAAACGGUCAAGCUGAUCCGACGCAACCAGGAGUUGCAGAUGCGAUUGGCACAGCUUCAGCGUGAGACCAAUGCCUUCAUCGAGUCUGUGAUGGCCAAUCCGGAGAAUGAAUCGUUGCGGAACCACAUCCACGCGGGCGGUGGUACUAUCCGGGCAGUGACGCCGGGUGUAGUGGUUCAGAAGUGAGAUGGUACCGACGCUCGCCGGAACGACGUCGGUACCCCCGAGGAAAUCAGCGAUCUCAAUCAUCAUGCUUCGAUAGUUUGCUUUGGUUUGUUCGCUUAGUUCUGCACAAUUCGUGCACCAAUUUAGAGAGUCUGAGUAGAUUCCAAUGACUAGAAGCUUAUUUUGUAGGAACAAUAAGAAGCGCAUCAAAACUGCUAAUAUGAGAUAUCAUUUGGUUGUUCACAAAUAAGUAGUAUUGGUAAGAUUUUUUUUGAGUUUUUUUCCGUAAUCGAAGACGACUGGUAGCGGCGUCGGAAGCGUUCUAAAUGCCCUUAUUUAUUACUACACAAGCUAUUGCAGCUUUGAUGCUAUUGUUCUGAGAACAACACAAUCACAAUCAUAUUUAUAACUGUUCAACAACAGGUUAGACGUAGUUUGCGCCAACCAGAGGUUGCAUUAGAAAACGCUUAAAACCACAAAACAAUUUGCAACAAAGAAAAACAAAAACUGAAGAAAACUUAACAAGCAAUCAUUCGUGACACUUUCAUCAAACCUGCAUUUAAUGUCGUGUGUAUGGAUAGAGAAAACAUCAAUCUUACCGUGCGAGAUGCUUCUCGGUGUUUCUAUGAAACUUUAAAUGGAAAAUAUUAUUUUUCUAAAAUCUUAACUCAUUAGUGAUAGGUGGCAUUCACACUAAAUUGGAGCAAAAUUCAUAUAUCAGACAUGUAAUACCUACAUUAGCCAUUAGGACUUAACAUUGAGUAGCGGUUAAGAGACACGUGAGAGGUACUGAAUAAAAUCUCAAAUUAUUAAAACAAACAUACCUAUA